GAUCAUCGUGUAGAAUCUACUUUGCAGCAGGUACGGCCUCGAUUUUCACAUUGGAAUUUACUUAAAAACAUUUCGUGAAUUUAUAAGUCGGUCGUGUUUAGUAAGAGUGGAAAGGGCAAUAAGAAUUUCUGUACAUAGUUGUGUGUACAUACAAAUCGGUAAUUGGUUUGGGGCACAACAGUACUAAACCAGUGGCAAACUUGUACGAAUGAGAAUGAGUUCAACAGCCAAGAAAGGGGACAAAGGGAAGUCCUCCACCAAUCCUUCCCUUCCUUUAUCUAAGGACACAGCAUCCUCUUCCACCAAAACGGCUAAUUCCAAGGUUGGAGAAGCUAAAAAUGAUUCCAGCAAAGCAGUUGAGCAAAUCAAUCCCAAGCUUCUGCCCACUGCUGAGCAACUUCGUCUAGCUCAGAUGAUCAGUGACAGCAAGAGGGAUGAUCCAGAACUUCCAGAAAAAGUCAACAAGCUGGUUGAGUUAACCAAUUGCAGUGCUGAUGCAGCAAUUAUUGCGCUUCAUGAUUCGAACAACGAUUUGGACCAUGCCAUAGCAGCCCUCCUUGAUGGAGAAACCGAAGGUGACUGGGAGGUAUCAGGGAAGAAGAAAAAACCCAAGCAGUCAGCUCAACAGCAUGGUCCAGCAGGUGGUGAUGGAGCUGAUGUUGGCACUGGAACAGGAGCCGGACGUGGAAGAGAUCGCGAGAGGGACAGGCCUCGAAGCAGCCGUGGUGGUCCACCUAGGCUACGAGGUCGUGGCCGUGGUCGUGAUAACAAGGAAAAUGUUGAAGAUGGCGAAGGAGAACAUUUCGGUGGAUCUCGUGGAAGAGGAUCUCGUAGCGGCCCACGCAUGUCAAAUGGACCCGGAAGAGAAGGAUCUAGCGGCCGAGGAAGUGGUGGUGGUCGAGGCGGUCGAGGGGGAUACCGACGAGGACAACGCGGCCCAGCUCCCGUCACCGAAACAUGGGAAGAAGGUGCCGAUUAUUCCUCCAUGACAAACGUAGAGCCUUGGGGAGUUGACUUUCCAUCCGCUGAAGAUUGGGAUAAUGAAGAAUAUAUCGGUUCACUGGUUGAAACGAAGGUGUUUACACCGUCUCAGUCUGCAGCUGUAAAUGUUCCUGUGCCAGCAGCGCCUAUUCCUGAACCUGCGCUGCUAACAAAUGGUUCACCAUCGAUUUCUAAUGGCGGUGGCGGAGGCAACAGUAGCAGCAGCAGCAGCCAUGUAGAACCUGCUGUUCCUGUUCCCCCCCCUCCUCCUCAGGUUCACUACUCCACCAUGAACAACAGCGCGCAACAAGGCAUCGACUUGAACGCUUUACUUCAAAAGACGUCAGGCGUAACUGUGGCCGGGUCAUCAAUGCAGCAACAAUUCCUCCAGUAUAGCCAACAAGCAACUGAUGCACUCAAAGCCGCAAUGGGUGUCGGUGGGCCUUCCGCCAGCGUAAAAUCUGCCAAGCCAUUGCGAGCCAAAAUCCCACCACCUUCUAAGAUUCCUCUGUCAGCGGUUGAAAUGCCAGACGAUCCCAUUGUUUCCGGGCUGGAUGUAAAAUUUGGAACGCUUGAUUUUGGAGUCGAACCUUCCGGUUUCGACAUGAACGUUGAUGUUGCUAUGACGCCCUCGUCCACUGCAAACGUUAACAUGGGGAAGCAGUCGGAUCACUCUCAUCAACAACACCAACAACACCAGCAGCAGCAGCAACAACAGCAGCAGCAACAACAACAGCAACAACAACAAUCGCAGCAUGGACUAAUGUCAAAAAUUGAACAGCAGUACGCUAGUAGUGCUCCAACUCCACAGCCACCUGCGCCUUCAACAUUGCCCAAACCCGAUUCUUCGCUUGGUGGGUUUUCCGCAUCGUCGGCCUCGGCUUCACAGCAAUCCAUGGCUACGACAUCCACUCAGGUUAAAUCGACCAAUAGUCCGGCGUCGUAUCCAUACGGCACAACGUAUGCGCCUCCAGGCGUCAACAGUGCUUCUACUCAGGCAACGUCUACGGGUGUCUCUCAGCCUGCUGGUGCUUAUCCGACCAAUAGUCAGACUAGCGGUGUGUACAGUAACAAUUCGUCCAACUCGGGAUAUCAAGGUGCUAGCAGUCAAACAGCUUACGGUUCGUAUGCCCAACAACAGCAGCAACAACAACAGCAGCAGCAGCAACAACAACAACAACAACCUAGUUACCAAACUUACAACAACAAAAUGAAUUCCGCCAGUAGCAUGAAUGACGCAUCAAGCUCAGUGUCUUCUCUCAGAGGAGAUAUGCCUAAUGCCACGGCAGCAUCGACCUCAAGACAACCUAACGCAGCAACGUCUGUAGCUACUGCGAGCAACAAGCAAGCUGGCACAACGCUUGCAGCUAGCGGCUCAGGACUGCCCAACAUGCCGCCUGGUGUGCCCAUGAUUGGUCCCGGUAGCUUCAUCAUGGGUCAGGCACCCGGCUUGCCCUAUUACGCUGCUGCCGCUGCUGCUGGUAUCCAGCAGCACCCAGUGUACAGUCUAGAGGAUAUGCAGUACAGGUAUCCACACCUAGCUGCGGCGGGGUAUUACGAUAUGGGCUAUCAGUCGCCUACCAGUUUGGGUGGUGGCCGUGAUGGAACUCUGGCCUCGUUGGCUUACGCUACCGGAACCGAUGCCAAGUUUUCGCGCAAUGAAAAUAACUCUCCAGUUCCUACCUCGCUAUCUCAGAAUGCUGCUCAAAGUCAUGGCGGAGCGUUUAUUACACCGGCCGCCGCAGCUGCAACUCCGCUUACUCCGGCCUACGCUUACUACUACAGUGGUGGCGUAAUGCCCGGUGGUUACCAGUUUGGUGCUCCCGCAGCCUUGUAUCCGGUUUCAGCGGCCACUUCGGGUCACGCUGCAAGCGGCGCAGCUCAAUACGGCAAAGGAGGUUUAAGCGGAAGUGGUACUGGUGCUGCCCAGUCAGGUCAAUCGUCGGGUGGUGUAAAUGCUGGAGGUCCGUCAAAUGCCACGGCCUCUGGAUACGCCAGCUACGGUUCGAGCUACGAAGAUUUUUCCAAAGCGGUUUACAAUUCCGUAAGCGUUGGCAGUGCAGCUGCUCAGACGGCAAAGAUCGGUGGAGUCGGUGCUUCGACAGGCCCCUCCGUUGGUGCCGCUGGAUCCGCUGACUUGGGACCCAAUGUCUACGGCAAGACUCAUAAUCAACUCGGAAAAAUCAGUACGUACGAUAAAACUGGAGGAUUCCAUACGGGUACACCACCUCCUUAUGGCAUGGCCGGAAACGCUAGUGCAGCUCCGUUGGGUGUAGGUGUCAGUGUAGGAGUGGGUGUUGGAGGUCCGUCACCAUAUGGAGCUCAGCACAUGUUUAUCCCGACACUCGCGCCUCAUCAAUCUCAGCAUUCGCACAUGAUGCAUCAGCAACUUCAUCAGGACUCUACCAGUGGACCCGGACAGCGUUCUCAAAGCGGCGGCCAACAGAACAAACAAGGAUCGAAGCCGACCUACGGAGGAUCUUAUUGGGGCUCGAACUAAACGCAUUUUAAACCGAGAGAGAAAUCAUGGGAGAAAACAAAGGUUACGAUUGCACCAGUUGAUUUGGGAUGAAUUUGAGCCCACUUGGAGGAAUACUUUUUUAUGUUUUUUUUUUGUUUUAGGUUAGUGAACCAAUUUGAUGUCGUUUUCUUCCUUUCCCUCCGCUCGUAAAGUAAAUAUCGUGCGAAAUCCCCACGAAAAGGAGAAAAAAAAUAAAAAUGUUCUUUUCCAAAACGAAAA